AUGCCUUAAUCAUUAUAAUUUCCAUCAGAUCUCAAACCACCUACUAUUAAUUCAUCUCUACUUAGUAAUCCUAAUUCUUUUUCUGAUCCUGUAUUUUAAUAUUAUAUUAUUAGAAUAUUCAUAGAUAAAUUGAUAUCUUCAGACCAAAUCAAACUGACACUCCUGAACUCAAACUUAUAGAUGAAACUGAAACUAAAAAAAUGAAAAAAAGUAAUUUUAAUAAGUUUAAGAUGUUUGUAUUCUCAUCACCUUUUAUCAAUAAAGAAAUAUUAGACUAAAAAAUUAUACAUAAAUUUAUCACUCUUCUUAAACAAAAAGCAUACAUUUAUAAUGACUAUUUUUUUAAUUCAUUAUAAAAAUAGAUAUUAACUGAAAAAUAUAUCAUAUCACCACAUGAUUUAAAUACUAAUCAUUAGAAUCUAUUUAUACUUAAUUUCUUAUUUUAUAUUAUUUGGGAUCUACUCACAUUAAUAUUCACUAUCAUUUUAAUCUUUUGGUUAAUCUAUAAAAUUACAUUUCAUACUCAGAAUUAACAAUUAACAUAAAUCCUAUUCAUGUUAUUUAUUAUACUUGAUUUAUUCAUUUAUUUAAUUUCUCCAUAUAUUUUAAAAGGAAACAGGAUAUUCAAUAAAUUUGAAAUCCUUAAACAUCAAAUCCCAUGCAAUUUAUUAAUCAAUCUAAUAUAUUCUAUUACAACUAUAGUUUUACUCAUAUAAAAUAAUAAUGAUGAAAUUAUGCUCAUUUUAUACGCCUUUUAAUUUAUUUCAUCAUUACUUAAACUAAAUUCAAUCCUAAAUAAAUUAUCUGAUUACACCUCCUUAAAUUUUUAACUCAUUAUAAACAUAACUUAAUUAUUAUAUUUAAUCCAUUUAAGUUCGUGUAUUUGGCAUAUAUUAGCCAUAAAUAAUGAUAAUUCAUGGAUAUAUCAAUAUCAAUUACAUGAAUCAGAUAACAUUACAAGAUAUUGCCAUUCAUUCUAUUAUUCAAUAUCCUAAUUAUUAAAUGGCUCUAAUAAUAUAACCUUAAAUACUAAUACAGAAUUGAUUUUUUCAAGUAUUUUAACAUUUCUGUCAGUUUGGAUAUGUAGUUUAAUAAUAUUAAAAUUGAAUUAAAAUUUAAAACCCUUUUAUGAAUAAUAACUUUAAUUAUUGUAUUUAUUUAAAUUAUUUUUAGUAAAGAUUUGGAAACCAUAAAUGCCUUUUUAAAUAAGAGAAAUGUGCCUCUACUAAUGAAAGCUAAAGUGAGAAAUUAUAUUAAAUAUAUGUUUUAUAAUAAAAAAAAUGAUUACGAGGUAUUUAUCAGAUGGUAAAUAUAGAUAAGAUUUAAACUAUACUUUAAUCCUUAAGACCUGACAUGAAAGAAGAAUUAAUAUUUUAGAUAAGAUUACAAGCUUUGUCUUAUAGCAAAAUAUUAUAAAAAUUCUCUAAAGAUUCCCUUUAGUAAUUAACUAAAUAUAUGGAGCGUAUUCAUUAUAAUCCAAAUGAAAUAAUAUCUUAAUAAGAUUAAUCUUUAUAUUUGAUUGAUUCUGGAGAAAUAGAAGUUUAAGAAUAUGAAUAGAGAUUGCAUAUUUUAAAAUUAGGAGAUUCUUUUGGAGAAACAUAUUUUUUCUCAGGAAUUUUAAAUAAAACAAUUUAUAAAACUUUAGAAUUUACUUAACUUUAUAAAAUUAAAUAAUCUGAUUUUAUAAAUAUCAUAUUAUCAAAUAAAGUAGAUCACGAAAGAUUUAUGUAUAUUAAACAUUCAAUCUAAUAUGGAUAUUUUAAUAUAAUUAAUUUAAAAUGUUAUUCUUGUGAUUCAUAAACACAUUUAAUUAAUAAUUGUCCAAUUUUGAAUUAUAAACCAGAUAUUGAAAAGAUAUUUAAACAUGAUAAUUUUCAUUCUCAAAAUAGAGGUUAAUUUCUUAGAGAUAAGAAUAUUGAUUAAAGAGCUUUUAAUAGAACUUUUAAAAGAAUUUUAGUAUAAAAAUAAACUUAAUAAUAGAUAAAUUUUGAUGCAAUGAAAAUGUUUCGAUUAAAAUACGAUCUUAUUGAUCCAAAUGAUUUAUACUCGAAAAGUAAUGAAAUAAUAGAGUCUGAAGAUAUUGAAUCUGAUUCGGAUUCAGGAGAAUCUUAUGAAUAAUAUCAAUCAGAUUAAAUAUUAUCUGAUAAUAGAUUUAUCGAUAAAUAAGAUGGGUAUUUAUAUAUUAAAUACUAGUACAAUUGUUAGUAUAAUUAAAUAGUAAGAUCAAUUAAGAGAUAAUUCUAAAAUAUUAUUAGAAGUUGAUGAUAACAUUGAAGAAAUGUUUAUUAUUAGACCAAAUAAUUAAAAAACAACAUUAAGCACUGCUUAAUUUUAAUUUGAAUAGUAAUAAUAAUAAUAAUACUAAUAAUAAUAAUAAUUACAAUAAUAAUAAUAAAUAUUAUAACAAUAAUAACAAUUAAAUCAAUAAUCAUAUAGAUUUUCAUUAAUACCAAUGGAUCCUAAGACAAGAAAACAAUCUUCUUCUCAAUUAGAAUAGGCAUCAUCUUAAAAUAUAGCAACAGAAGGAUAAAUUCCUACUGUAAAGGGAUCAAAACAUAAUUCUUAAAUUGCAUUUAAAGGUGAAUAUAGUGACAAAUUAAAACAUGGAUCAUAAAAUAAAAUAUCUAGUCACAUUAAUGUUGAUAAUAAGAUGAAAAAGAAUUUAUCAAGAAUAAGAGAAGAAGAUUCUGACACUUUAAAUUUAUCAAAUCGUUAUAAUUCAGAUGAAUAACAAAGUUCUUAAAAUUUAAGAUAUUUUUAUAGAUAAAGUAAUAAUUCAUUGCCAUCUCGGAAUACAUAAUUAAGACCAUCUAUGAAAAGAAUUUCAUCAAAAAUAUCAUCUAUAAAUUUUAUAACUGGAACAAGAACUUAUAAUAAAACUAGUAAUCCAUUUACAAGAUCAUUUGGAAAUUUUCCUACAACUCCAGGAAUGGUAGAUUUAAGCAUGUAUAAAAGGGAAGAUUUAAAACCUGAAGAUUUUGAGACGAUGUUUCUUUAUAAAAUCUAUUUUCCUUUAGGAAAUUAUCCAAACAUAAUUAAUAGACUUAAUUAUUAUUUAAAAUGGAAAUUAUAGGACUUUGUUUAAUCUAAGUAUACUUUUUAAUUUAAAGUGAAAUAAUUAACCUAAAAACAUAGUUUAUUAUAAAUGAAUCUAGAUUUAUUAAAUAUUAAAAGUUAGUCCAAAACAAUAUUAGAAUCAUGA